UAUUGCUUAGAGGCUGACUCAACUGAAGAUCAUGGCUUUUGAUGGUACUUGGAAGAUAGACCGGAACGCGAACUAUGACAAGUUCAUGGAAAAAAUGGGUGUUAACAUGGUGAAAAGGAAGCUUGCAGCUCAUGACAAUUUGAAACUGACAGUUACACAAGAAGGAAAUAAAUUCACCGUCAAAGAAUCAAGCACUUUUCGUACCAUUGAAAUUGUUUUUGAGCUUGGUGUCACUUUUAAUUACAGCCUAGCAGAUGGAACUGAACUCAGUGGUACUUGGAACCUAGAAGGAAAUAAACUUGUUGGAAAAUUCAAACGGAUAGACAAUGGAAAUGAACUGAAUGCUAUCCGAGAAAUUAGAGAUGGUGAAUUGGUUCAGACUUACAUAUAUGAAGGAGUAGAAGCCCAGAGGAUCUUCAAAAAGGAAUGAGCUUUAUUCUUGGAGCACAGCCCAGAAUACAAAUUGAAUGGAAAAUCUAUAUUGUAAUAAAACUGUUUUUCUCUCUCUGAUUAGUCCUUUUGUAAACAUAACCAGUGACUCACAUUUCUAAUCUGACCAAGGCAAAACAAGUAAAAGCUAAUUAGGAUUUAAUUUGUUUUACAUUCCCUAAGAUGUACGUUCAUUGCUGUA